UCUCUUUUAUUUUGGUUCAUUUAUUUUCUUCUCACACUCUCGUUACUCGAAGUCACAGGGAGGCACAAAUCACAAACCCUAGCCAGGCUCUCUCCUCUUCUUCAGUCCGCAGGUUCGUAAUCAUGAAUGGGGAUUUAUCCUGUGAAUUUUCACUUUGGCCGUGAAAACGACAGAAAAUAGUAGGUGAGUUGUUGAAAGAUUUUGAAUCUUUUUUUUUUUGGCAAUCUGUUGGUUCUUGCUGUUUUUGGGAUGGACGGCAAUGGCAGUAUGAAUUUGAGGAAUUGGGGGUUUUUCGAGCCAACUCCAACGCCUGCCCUGAAGGGUGCUGGGCAUUUAGGCUUGCAGCUUAUGUCCACCAUGACUGAAAAACCCCUUUUUGGUGGGGGAAGGGAGAAUCAUCCUUAUCAACAUCACCAUCCCCAUCCCCAUCAGGCUUAUUCAUCGAUAAUGGCGCCCUCCACCAAUGGGGGGCCCUAUCACCAUCAUCGUGUUGGUGGGAUUUCAGAGUCCUCCAUUCCUGUGGAUUACAUGAGGGAUGUUUGGCUUAACCAUAGAGAAAAAUAUCUUAAUGCCUUACCAAAUAACCAGCACCCGCACCAGCUCCAGCUCCAUCCCCAGCAACAGAACCAACACCAUUCACAGCACCAUCAUCCCCAAAUAAAUUAUGGGGUCUUGCCAGAAACGUCUUCAGCUCAUUCUGUCCAAAUGAUUCAGCAGAGCAGCUUGUUGAAUAAUGACGAUGUUGGUCCUCAGGAGGAAGAAAUUUGUGAGACUAGAGGUGUUGUUGGGGCUGUUAAGAAGAGGGGAGGUGGUAAAGUCCCCAAAUCUCCAAAAGCCAAGAAGCCUAAGAAAGCUCCUAAGCCUCCAAGAGAAGAGUCUAGUCGAUCUUUACAUCGGGCAAGGGCUCCCAAGAAAAGUGCAGAAGUCAUCAUUAAUGGAAUCAGCAUGGAUAUAUCAGGGAUUCCCAUACCAGUUUGCACGUGCACUGGAAAUGCUCAACAGUGUUAUAGGUGGGGUGCUGGUGGAUGGCAGUCUGCUUGCUGUACAACUGGCAUGUCUGUGUAUCCCUUGCCAAUGAGUGCUAAAAGACGUGGUGCCAGGAUCGCCGGGCGCAAGAUGAGUCUGGGAGCAUUUAGGAAGGUUUUGGAGAAACUUGCUUCAGAAGGUUUUAAUUUUUCUAACCCAAUUGAUUUAAGGAAUCACUGGGCAAAGCAUGGAACGAAUAAGUUUGUUACAAUCCGGUGAAUGUAUGGAGGCAUUGCUAUCUUUGAUUCCAUAAUGCGUGCAUUCCAUAUCUGCUGUACAUACAUGAGUAUGACCUGAAGUAGAGGCUUUGCAGGUAGUGUCUAACUGGUGAUAUUUUGCAGUUGCAUUGCUUGUUCUUUUGAUUCAGCCAUUCAAGGUUCAUUGGAAGAAAAGAAAAAUUGUUCCCAUAUCAUUUUCCUUUUGUAGUUAAGGGGAAAUUUUGUCAUUAUGACAAGGUAUGACAAUCUUUUGUCGAGAUUUAAUUGUACUGUUUUCGGUUUCCUCAAUUAGAUUUGUAGUUAUAAGCUUCGUAUGA